GCGCAGGCGCCUUUCUCGCGCCCGGCGCCAUUGCGGUUGCUCACGGUGAGCCCGGUGCCAGCGCUAGCGCCUCUCGGCCCGGACAUGGCCACCGACUCUUGGGCCUUGGCCGUGGAUGAGCAGGAGGCGGCGGCCGAGUCGUUGAGCAGUUUACAUCUGAAGGAGGAAAAAACCAAACCAGAUGCCAAUGGUGCUGUUGUCAAGGCAGACGACAACAUAGAGAAGACGGAGGAUGAGGAGAAGGAGGACAGAGCUGCCCAGUCCUUGCUGAACAAGCUAAUCCGCAGUAACUUGGUUGACACAACAAAUCAGGUGGAGGUGCUGCAGAGGGAUCCCACGUCGCCUCUCUACUCCGUGAAGUCUUUUGAGGAGCUGCGGCUGAAACCACAGCUUCUGCAAGGAGUCUAUGCCAUGGGCUUCAACAGACCAUCUAAGAUACAAGAGAAUGCCUUGCCCAUGAUGCUUGCUGAACCCCCACAGAACCUGAUCGCACAAUCUCAGUCUGGUACUGGCAAGACAGCUGCCUUUGUCCUGGCCAUGCUCAGUCGUGUUGAGCCUGGGAACAAGUAUCCACAGUGUUUGUGCCUUUCCCCAACAUACGAGCUGGCACUUCAAACAGGAAAAGUGAUUGAACAGAUGGGAAAGUUUUAUCCGGAGCUGAAACUUGCAUAUGCUGUUCGAGGAAAUAAAUUGGAGAGAGGUCAGAAGAUCUCUGAGCAGAUUGUAAUCGGCACUCCUGGCACUGUGCUGGACUGGUGUUCCAAACUGAAAUUCAUAGAUCCCAAGAAAAUCAAAGUGUUCGUCUUGGAUGAGGCUGACGUGAUGAUAGCAACCCAAGGGCAUCAGGACCAGAGCAUCCGCAUUCAGAGAAUGCUCCCCAGAGACUGCCAGAUGCUUCUGUUUUCAGCCACUUUUGAGGAUUCUGUGUGGAAGUUUGCUCAAAAAGUUGUUCCUGACCCAAACAUUAUCAAACUGAAGCGAGAGGAGGAGACACUGGACACUAUUAAGCAGUAUUACGUUCUGUGCAAUAACAGAGAUGAGAAGUUCCAGGCUCUCUGCAACAUCUACGGCGCUAUCACCAUUGCCCAGGCCAUGAUCUUCUGCCACACUCGCAAGACGGCCGGCUGGCUAGCGGCGGAGCUCUCGAAGGAAGGCCAUCAGGUGGCGCUGCUCAGCGGGGAAAUGAUGGUGGAACAGAGAGCUGCUGUGAUAGAGCGUUUCCGAGAGGGCAAAGAAAAGGUGCUGGUGACCACAAACGUCUGUGCCAGAGGGAUUGAUGUAGAGCAGGUCUCUGUUGUCAUCAAUUUUGACCUUCCUGUGGAUAAAGAUGGCAAUCCAGAUAACGAGACGUAUCUGCACCGGAUUGGACGUACGGGUCGCUUUGGCAAGCGAGGACUGGCUGUGAACAUGGUGGACAGCAAGCACAGCAUGAAUAUUCUCAACAGAAUCCAGGAACAUUUCAACAAAAAGAUAAACAAAUUGGAUACCGACGACUUGGAUGAAAUUGAGAAGAUAACUAACUGAAGUGCAGCUGCUGGAACUGGUGUGUACCCUGCUGUGGAAGCUCUCCCACUACAAUUGGAUCAGCGCUCAGAUUGGCACGCCUCUCGGCUAGUCCCGCAAAGGACUCUUUUAAGAAAAUGAGUACACAAAAAUUACCUCAUUUGAAAAAUUGCAGUUGGACUUCAAAUUGUGCAACUAUGAGGAAGAAGAGGAAAUGUUUACAGAAGCUUUUAACAUUUCUUAGUUUAGCCUUAAAAUGGAAAGAUCUUUUGAAUUCUAUGAAAUAAUGUUUGCCAAAAAAUGGGCAAUAGGUAAUUAUAUAAAACAAAAUUAAAAAAGAAGAAAAAAAAGCAAAACUUUAUUGCCUUUAAUUGAAAUAAAGUUCAGCAUUCACCUGAUCAGGUAAAAUUAAAAAGUCAAAUAUAUAAUGGACAGAAGUAAAG